CCUUAGUUAAAGCUCGCCAAAGUCUACUGCAGGUAAUAUUUAAUUUGCACCACACCAGCAUGUGAGAAUGUAUCGACAGCCACAUCGCCUUUAUUCCACCUCGUUCAAUAUUUCAAAGGAUGGCGAUUUCUCUGGAAAUAAAUUCUAAAGGACUAGUUUUUAAGCUAAAAAAAAAGAAAAAAAAAAUAAUGGUCUUCUGUUCACUUCCCCUAUAAAACAUGACACAUUUCAAGCCAUAGUCGGGCAACAACGGCCACGGACAAAAAAGCGUGAUGCACGUGCAAAUUAAGUUGUUGUUUUGCUAAUUCAAACCUAUUGUUGUUAACGGUCUCUUUUGUCGCCAUAGUAUUUGCUUAGACCCCGUCCACACGAAGACGAAAACGCUCGUAAACGCAUAAAACGAUGUCAUAGUCUCAGUUCUUCAGCUAGAUUAUAUAGCGAGUCUCUGAUCAUUCGAAAGUUCUCUUUCCACUCUUCUGGUCUCACCACUUGAUCGGCAAAGUUGUUCCACCAGGCGCUUGUACGACCUGGUCUGGUCCAGAAUCUUCUCUCUUUGCUCUCACGUCUGCAUCUAAGUCGUUUUACUCGCGUAAAAGUGCUUGUAGUUGUGGAUAACAAUCUUGAGAGGUUUAGUCUUCUUCUUUUGUAGUUUUCCUGUAUAUCGAUUAUUGCAUGAUUCAAUUGAAUGCUCGCAAUUAUGCUUGAAAUAAGCGCAAGCAUGACACAGCUCAACACUCGUGUGUACGCCAUCUUGGAAAGGCACUCGAUAAAAGAGACUGGCGCUGACAUCUGACGUCAGCGUUUUCACAGCGUUUACGAAAAUAUACGUUUACGGCCGUCCACACGAAGACGCAUAAACGGCGUUUUCAAAUUUAUCCACUUUGGAGAGCGUUUUCGAAUUUAUGCGUUUACGGUGAGCGUUUUCAUCGUCUUCGUGUGGACGGAAGGCCUAAACGCAUAAAAAAGUUUGCGUUUACUAGCGUUUGCGUUGACAAUCGUCUUCGUGUGGACGGGGCCUUAAGCUUGCUACUGUGCGAAUGCCCUACAACCACCUCUGUUUUAGGAGUUGUCCAACGUUUAGAAAUACUCUCACCAGGAUCGGGCAGGGUUUUUGGGUAUACAGUAUAUUGGGGUAUUUAAUUUCAGGUAUACAGUACUUUUAUUCUUGAAAUUGGAUAUAAAGUAUUCCCUCACGACCAUUUUUGGGUAUAAAGUAUACCGUGUUUUUCUUAAUUUUGGUAUUUUACAUAAGUUUUAGUAUAAUUUUUGGUAUAUUGCAAGGUUUAUUUCAGUUAUUUUGGUAUUUCAAAUUAUAUUUCUCCUUGGAGGUACUGGAAAUGAUAAAAGAAUCAAGGCUGCUUAAGUCAAUUCAUGCUGUAACCGGAGGAAGGGAAAACGUAUAAAUUUGAACAAACUAGGGGGUACUGGGCAUGAAAAGGCUUGAAAUGCUUCUAAAUCAUUUUAUUGCCACUAGAAGUUGUGAAACUGAUAAAAAGGGUGGUGCCACGGGAAAAAGUCUAAAAUAAGAACCGUUUUAUAGACAAAAAUUACUAUUAGAAAAGAAGAAAAACAGUGAAGAAAAGGAAAGAAUCUCCUCUUGCAGCCGCAUUUUAAACUCUUUGAUCUAUUUGAACAAUUAAUGCAGUAACUUUUCUUCAACAUCUUGCUGGCGAAACGUAGAAAAGUUCCCCAUCCUACUUACUUAUUGAAACAGACUCAUUUUUUGGGUUAAACAGUCAGGCUAUGCUUUUAUCCCAUCCAUCCUUACGCACGUGACCUUACUGCCUUUGUCAUACGUUUUGAUUCAGAAGAAUUUAUGUUAAUGUUUGUGUUUUCUGUUUUAUAAACAGAAAGGGAAGAUAUGAAGACACAACUGAACCAAGAAAGAGCACAAAACGCAGAAGUAAGAAAAGAGAAUCAAAGACUGAAAAUGGAGUUAGAAAAAGAGCGACAAAGACACAAAAAUACAAAAGAGGAAAGUUAUUGUUAA